CGCUCGCGUGAGUAACACGGUCCGUGUCGUGAACGUUUGAUGACAUUACUGGCAGCCGAAAAGCGUGGCGCCCUGCUGCAUCUAUCCCUCGAAGGGAAAUCCACGAAAGAGAGGAGCGAUACUCUCCAGGAUACUCCACGGUCGUGUUACGUCGCAUACGUCGUCGCGAGGACGCGAGUUGUGUGUUACUCCGAAAACGGCCCUCCGGACACUCGUCGUCAUCCGUCCAAAUUGUGCAAAUCGCGGUGACAUGCACGCACGAUCACCCGUGCGUCGCUGCUCGUAGGUGCUCCACCCCUCCCCCGUGUUCAGUUCCUACGAUGUGUACCACGUAUCCGCGCGAUUUACCCGGGAGAAUCAGCUGCAGAAGAGUGUAUUCGAGAUUACUCUACGGCAGACCAGGCAUAAAACCGCCUAAGGGAUUUUCGUUUCUCAUUCGGUGUUGGGACAAGGUUGGCGGAUCUAUAUGGGGCAAUGCGUGUCUCGUAAGGCGGGCGCCGUCGUCGCAGCAUCCGGUCAUCACAAUUCACCCUCGUACCGUAUCAUGGACAAGGCCCAGAAACAGGGCUCUUCGAAACGCGGCACGUCGCACACACGCGGCACCGCGAUGUCCUUCGGCUUCAGGCGACGGCCCACCAGUGGAAUUCCAAUGCCGAUAACGAACUAUGUCACUGGUACCACCAACGAGAAGAGCCUGCUGCAUCCACGAUCAAAGUCGGCCGGCCCAGAGCAAGAUCGCAGACGGAUGAUGGACGAUGAUAACAGUAAUAUGAUUCAUAAUUCGUCAUCCGGCCGGUCGACACCGCGACUGGCACCGCCAAAGAAGGAUUCGAGUGGAAUCGGCGUUAGGACGAAUCGCUUCGGUUAUCGGCAGCCGCAAGCGAGAUUCACGAACAAGGUCGGCGAUAUCUGUAACAGCCACAGCAUCAGCCACUACAAUCAGGAGAAGCUGCAGCAAUAUUCGCAACAACAACAGCAACAACAACAAGAGAAUUAUUUUGUUAAACAGCAACAACCAAACAGGGUCGUUGCGCACGUGCCACAGCAUUUGUGCAGCACGACGGCACCGGCAAAAUCUCGCCCAUCGCAAUCGAAUAACGUGGCUUAUGGCGGCAAUUCAAUGAUGCAACACACAGACGCGAACAGACGAGUCUCAGGCAUUCCAGAACCCAUCAGUAGGUACACGUUGCACACCAGUCAUCUGCCGCUACCUCAAUAUGCCGUACGAGUAAACGACUCGAAUUCCAAGAUCGCCAAGACUGCAGCAAAUCAAAGCAGAAAGAUAUCUACGUCGAAGGGCUCGUCCAGUUCGAAAGAAGGUUCGGUGACCGAAGAUUCGGGUGUCAGCAGCCAGCCACCUGGUUCGGAAGAUAACGAUAGAAUUAGGUCGAUGGAUUAUAUGGAUGAUGGUUCUGUGAGGAGACGCGGCGUCGGCAGACCGAGAAACCUGCGCAUGGUGGUGUCCGGAAAAAGCUUUGACGUGAGAGAUGUCCGUGACGACGACAGCACUGUCACAGAGAUCUCGGUGAUCCCGUUGCCAAAAUCUUUCGCAACCGCUGCAGCGAAUCUAAAUACUGGCUUUGUGCGAGAGCGGGCUACGCAAUACCAGCGAAUCGUUAACAAGGACAAUAGAUACACCGACUCGACCGCGUCAAUGUCCACUACGUCUUCGGAGGGCUACGACGAGGGUUGUCUGAGCGAGGAGAAGGUCUACAAGGAUCGAUCGCGCACAGAAAAAGUCCCGUCCAUCAAAUCGGAUUUUAGCCCUCCCAGUUCGGACGAUCCCGAAUAUGGACACGGCGAAGCCAUGGCAGACGAGUAUUCGUUGAGUUCCAGUGACGAAUACCAGCGCACCAACUCCAUUAUCGUUCAGCACGCGCAAGCAAUCAACGCUGCCACGAAAAGUGGCGCAACAUCGAAGAACACUUUACGCUCGGUGUUGCUCACCAUCGAGGAUCCUGCAUUUGCUGCCGCUGCUGCUACCACAACCACUUUAAUAGACGAUGAGACUUCACCAGUUGACAGUCUGUUUGACAGUCCUACCGCCAGUAUCACGCAGUCGGAUGGAAAGCCCUCGAAGAGAGAUGAGGAACACGCGCACGAACGUUCGGAUAACACUCUCGAGGAUGAUGGUCCGGGCACACCGACGAAUGCCUCUAACUCGCUCAGCUUGUCCGAGGGUAGAGAGUUCUUCGAUGAUGAGAUCGCGGAUCAACCUGGAUUGAUCUUCGACGACAACAAUCCGAGAGCAAGAAUCGAAACGCAAUCCGCUAUGGGAGGUCAAGUAAUCACUGAGAAUAGCCACACUCUGGUUGAGACCAGCUCUAAGAAUGCUCAUAUCAAAGGCGUAAUAAAUAGUCCUCAUCACGGGCAACGUUUGCAUCGAACUGGCAGCGUAGACACUUUAUCGCCCUGCGAAUCCAUCGCGUCGGAUGAUUUAAUGUUAGAUUAUGACGGCAGCGACGCGAGUUCUUACGAGGAACAACAGCGAUUAAAUUCCAAUCCUGCGUUGCAUGAGCUAGACGACGCAACUAUAAUUUCCGAGCUGGAAGCUCAGGGCGAAGAAGUGAUGAGGCAAUGGAGUUCGUUGCUGAACACUGCGCAUAUGGAGGAGACGAAUUCCAAUUCCGCCAACAACAAUUCCAUCAACAGCGGUAACAAUAACAAUCAGGCCGCCACCGAAUCCGGCGCGCUAGUAAAACGGGUGAAGCAAUUGCAAAUCCCCGAUGAGGACUCGGCGGGUGGAGACUACUACCAGCUGACAUACCCUAACUAGCGAGCGGGAUCCGCCGGUUCUCCCUUGAAUGUCGACUAGGCAAAACCGAUAACCGCACGCAGCCGAUUACCGAGACACAGUAAUAAUAAUACACGGACGCAUGCUUAACGCGUGAGUGGUCGCAUCUUGUUAAAAAAAAAAGAUUAAAAAAAAGAAGACAUUAAAAUGAACACAUCGCGAGGUUUCUUUGAAGAUAUACUAGU